UGACUUCACCAGGAUCUGCAGAGCUUGACUGACUGCCCUUGUUCAUGGUCCAACAUACCGCUCUAAAGUUUCAAUGAUUAACACCUUGAAUGGGCAAGGUAUCCCAUGGACCCCUUUCUCACCCUGUGAGCACCCUUCAUUUCAGAAGCUCUGCUUCUGCGGCAACUAGACAUGACACUCAGCGUCUUGAGUAGGGAAGAGAAAGAAAAGGUCAUCCACAGACUCUUAGUCCAGGCUCCUCCUGGGGAAUUUGUGAAUGCCUUUGACGAUCUCUGUCUGCUUAUCCGAGAUGAGAAGCUCAUGCACCAACAGGGUGAGUGCGCAGGUCAUCAGCACUGCCAAAAAUACUGUGUCCCACUCUGCAUCGAUGGCAAUCCAGUCCUCCUGUCUCACCACAAUGUGAUGGGUGACUUCCGGUUCUUUGACUACCAGAGCAAACUUUCUUUCAGAUUUGACUUGCUCCAGAAUCAACUGAGAGACAUCCAAAGCCACGGAAUCAUUCGGAAUGAGACCGAGUACCUGAGAUCUGUUGUUUUGUGUGCCUUAAAACUCUACGUGAACGAUCACUACCCAAGUGGAAAUUGCAAUGUGCUGAGAAAAACAGUCAAAAACAAAGAAUUCUUAAUAGCUUGCAUUGAAGACCACAGCUAUGACAAUGGGGAGUGUUGGAACGGUCUCUGGAAGUCUAAGUGGAUCUUCCAGGUAAACCCGUUUCUAACCCAAGUAACAGGGAGAAUUUUCGUACAAGCUCACUUCUUCAGAUGUGUCAACCUUCACAUUGAAGUCUCCAAGGACCUCAAGGAGAGCUUGGAGGUCGUCAAUCAAGCCCAGCUGGCUCUCAAUUUCGCAAGGCUUGUAGAAGAACAAGAGAAUAAGUUUCAAGCUGCUGUCCUAGAAGAGCUACAGGAGUUGUCUAAUGAAGCCCUGAGAAAAAUAUUACGGAGGGAUCUUCCAGUGACACGCACUUUGAUUGACUGGCAACGGAUCCUCUCUGACUUGAAUCUAGUGAUGUACCCCAAGUUAGGAUACGUUAUUUACUCCAGAAGUGUGUUGUGCAACUGGAUAAUAUAAAAGGUCGCCGCUCCUGGUUAUCGUCUCAAGCUAAAGUGUUUCCUGGGGAGUAAGUGCUUGGAUAUAGUUGAGAAGCUCCUGGAGUAGAAAUAAGCCUGUUUUUAGUCCUAUACCAGUUUGAAGAGGGGAAGAAUAAGAAAUCGUGUUAUACAAUCAGUAUUCACCAACACGGCAAAAGGCAUAAAUACAUUUCAUAAUGUUAACUGUCACAAACUCAGAGGUUUUUAUUAGAGCCUAAAAUAAUUUAGAA